GUCUCUCAGGCACUCGGGAUCAACAGCCGCCCAGAGGCAGAGUGGUCGCGAUUCAUCUCCGACACCGUAAUAACAUUUUCCUGUGAAACUUUUGAGUGAUCUUAUUGAGGUGUCACUCCAUGGGCGUCCCGACAAUCCAAACAACAACAAACAUGUGUUGUGUCCGAAUUGUAUGAUAAGAAUAGUAUGCUGUUGCGUUGUUCAUCUGGGUAAUACUAUACAAGAAUCAUCACUGUUAUUUUAUAUAAGAAAAGUUCAUUAUGGCAGAGGGGAUGCUCUCUCUGUCCUGGAACAACCACAGUGCGACCUUCACCCACACUCUCUCUACUCUGAGGGAGAAGGAGAGGUACACAGAUGUGACCUUGGCGUGUGAUGGCAAGUUCUACCCGGUACACAAACUUGUCCUGUCAACAUGUAGCGAAUACUUCAUGAACAUGUUUGAGACAACACCUUGUAAACAUCCCAUUGUUGUACUGAAGGAUGUCCACUGUAAGGAGAUGGAGGCCCUCUUGAGCUACAUGUACGCAGGUGUGGUGAGUGUUGCCCAGAGCGACCUCCCACAGCUGAUUAAAGUAGCCGAGGCAUUGCAGAUAAAGGGGUUGGCUGUUCCUGACGAAUCCCUCUGUAGCAACAUGAAGUUUGGCCACACUUGGAGUCCAACCGACGACCGCAGUAGUCCCUAUCCUAAGAGAAUCAGACGAGAAGAAAACGGCUCCCAGACGAUGCGAAUUUUGGAACCCCGAACAGGCAUUAGCCCCCAGUCCCUGACUCGCUUUUCUAGCAUGGGGUCUUCGACUCAGGGGGGCCCACAAGGCUUCACGACCAUCGGUUCAUCCUUCGGCAACAUGAUGACCCCCCACAGAUUCACUCCCUAUCACAGAGACGGCGAUUUAAACGUUCCCCAUAGACAAAUCCACAGACUAGACCACCGGAAAGACCAAAUCGGCACGUCGAAAAUGUCCCAGGGUUAUAAAUCGGAGACGAGAAUGAUCCAACAGACCAGCAUAAGAACAAACCAAAAAGGCGAGAUGAGGACAACAGACCAGAACAGUGACCAAAAACCUGAUAAAGGUACCUGGCAGAGAGAGGACAAGAAGGACUUCCCAUCAGACGAAUUUAGAGCGAAAGAUUUUGACAUGGAUGAUGAUGCGUCGUCCGAUAUGCAGGAGGUUGUGCCAGUAAGUCUAGUCAAGGUGGAGGUGCAGGACGUGGAGGACGAACACAUCGACGUGGACGACACAGGAGUGGACUACGGGUCACUACCGGCUGACUCGGAGGCCCACCAGCCGGCCCCGUCCGAACAACCCAAAACAGAACCCAGAGAUCCUGUGCAACAAGUCGGAUCAUCGGGGACAGAAGGGGUAGGAACGUGAAACUCCGUCUUUAUGCGGAAAUUUCAUAGCCGUGGAUGUUGUUUUUCAUUCUAUUAGUGACACACACCCUCCAUCUCCCCAUCCCCUCGUUCACAAAUGUUCCGUGAGAAUUUUUUGAACAUUGUUAGUUUCAUAUUGAUUGUGGAGUAAAGAAGUAGGUCACAUGUUGCUAGCAGACUAAUAAUUAAUAAGAUGCUUUGUUGGAGUUGUGUAGUAGUACUGUAAUAAUAUUUUGCUUUAAGAGAAAAAAAAAUACAAUGUAGUUUAAAAAAAAAAGCUUAAAGAGUUUCUGAACUGUUUAUAUAAGUGUGAUUCUAAAGAGGAAGGUUUUGCUUAGUAGUAUCCUGUGUCUGGAGGAGAUCCUGACCAGUGAUGUAACCCACCUACACCCUGACCACUAACACCCACACCCAGACAUGUAACACCCACACCCAGACAUGUAACACUCACACCCUGACCACUAACACCCAUUCCCUGACCACUAACACCCACACCCAGACAUGUAACACCCACACCCAGACCACUAACACCCAUUCCCUGACCACUAACACCCAUUCCCUGACCACUAACACCCACACAUGUAACACCUACACCCUGACCACUAACACCCAUUCCCUGACCACUAACACCCACACUCAGAUAUCCAACUCCCAUACCCUGACCACUAAUGCCUACACCCAGAUCACUAACACCCACACCCAGACCAUUAACACCCACAUCACUGGUCCUGCUUAACUGAAUGACUUUUUUUCUGCUUAGGACUUACUUUUGGGGCCAUAGUUAGUUACAAAGACCUUUCCUGGUAACUGUUGGUGGAUAGAUAAAUAACCGACAGAAUUAGUUUCAUUGUGAAGAAAUACAGUACAGUAAUAUAUUUUAAAGUACUUCAUGACCCUAAUUUAUGUUAUCAUUGAAUGGCAGGAUAAUUAGUGUUGGAAUAAGUACCACAAACAUGUCCACAAAGUUAUUUAUUCAUUAUUUUGUUUAACUAUAUGUAGGUUAUCCAAGUCUAGGCUGAUAACCUUAGGGUUGGUAGGUAGGGUAGUGUUGGUAUGGGUAAUAGGUUGGUUUGGUCUGUGGUACUUUUUUAAACAUUGACCAUUUUUGCUGUUGACUGUGAGGUCCAAGAAAAAGAAGUACAACAUAUCCAGAGCUGUGUUGUGUUGUGGCUGAACCUUACCUACACCAUCGUUCUUCCUCACAUCGAUUCAGAUUUUUAUUUUUUUUUUUUAAUGACAAUUUCAUUCUGAGCUUGUGAAAGUUGUGAAAUGUUUUAUAUAUUGAUUAUGGGGUUCAAAUUGCCCUCUCUAUAUUAUUGUUUUUAUAUAAAUACAGUAUAUAUAUAUUUCUAUUGUAAUGUGACAAUUUAAAGAAGGAAUCUUUACCGGAGCCGAGGUGAAGUCAUCACAGGGAUCACUUCAGAGGCUUGUAUGUGUUGACAGAACACGCACCAUACUUCAGUUCCCACUCCCAUACACCACAACAAUUUAAUAUUCCUCAUCCACACUUAAGAGUUCACUGGAUCAGUAAAGAUGGGUGUAUUUAUUCUUAGUAAAUGAUUGUUAAUUACAUUUGUUUUUACAGGUUUGUGGUGUUAUUAGGGUUUGUCAAGGAAUACAAGUGAGGGUGUGUCAUCUAGUUGAGUUAUAUACACUGUCUGGAUAAUAUAUGUGUGGAAAAUGUAUCUGUGGUGAUCCCUGAAUUAUAAAGUACGUACCUGUAACUGUUGAUGGGAGACUAAAGCAGGUAACAUAACUCACUAGAUGAACCACGACUGUUAUGUGUGCACAGUUAAAUACAGUCCUGGUAUUUAUAACAUGACCUUGUAUGAUAUGGCAGUCAGUCGAAACACCUCAUGUAGCCUCAAGCUGCCACCUUCUUCAGAUCAACUCCCAUCAGUACCUAUCUGACUACAUAUUUUCUUAAUUCAUCUACCACUGUGAGGGAGGGUCAAGGGACACAGAAAUCUCAGAAAAUGACAAAAUUACAGAUGAAGAAGAACUUGCUUAAUCAACAGUUUAAUAGGUAUAUAAAAAGUACAUAAGGUGUUAUUUGUUGACUGAGGACAUUUUAUUGUUGCCAUAAAGAACCAUGUUACACUGUGUUGGUAUUGUGUACUGUACUAUGGUGUGUGGAGAAGAUUCUUCCUGAGAUUUUAUCUUUUGAUUCCAUGUAUUUUUAUUGUGUUCAUUGAUGUCUUGUGUAAAUGACUAGCAACAAUCUCUGUAGCUGGAAGAGUCAGUACCAUGUGUGCUGAACUGUGGCCACCAACCAUGUCAGUUUCUCAUGGGUCAAGUUAUCCUUUAUAAACACUAUGUAAGAAAUAGCAUAAAGGAUAUUAGAAAGUGCUAUACUAUAAUUACAUAUACAGUUAUAUUUUACCGGAGUUUAGUGGAGUUACCUUGUAAGUGUUCCUUGCUGUACCUUUCAUGUAAACGUCGCGUGCCAAGGUUGGUGCCCCGUAUAUAGCACGUCUUCUGCCUUGAGGCAGCGGUGCCGGUCACCGCUGAGUUAGGAUAGAAAGGUUCCUAGUUGUAUGCUGUGUCUCUCCAUGUUUAUUAAUGCCACCAUGUCUUCUGUGCUCUGGGCAAUGAUCUGUGAAGAGCACCAGGCACAUCUGCUAUACUGGACUAUAAAUUCUCGAUGAAAUAUAUUGAGUUUGAUUGGGUGUUUAUGCAGUGUUGGUUACAAGAGUUAUGAAAAUAUCAAGUACAGAUACAGCUGAAGUUAUUAUACAAUUGAUGGAAUAGUGUGGUCAGGAGAUUUUUAAAUAGUAUUGAAUUAUAACUAGUGUUGUGUAGGGUCAGAUGUGGGACGUAAAAGGUAUCAGCUCAGUUACACAAGUUUUUAUCCUUCAAGUUUGUGAGAUCACAAGUCAAUUGGGCAACAGUCUUAAUCAGAUCAUUAGGGUUAGACUGUUUCUUAGUACUGGGCUCCAAUUUUAAUGGUAUGGUAUGGUACGGUUAGGUUAGGGCCAGUUUGACCUACCGCCUUCUUUAAUAACUGCUGGUACUUCAUGAGAGCUGCUGGUGUCACCUGAAGAUGGAAGAUUUAACUAAUGUGUCUUGUGUUGUGUUCUGGGAGUUGUGAAACUACCUUAAAAAAAGAUCAUAUUUGUAAUGUUUAGUAGAAGGUUUGUAAUUAAAUAUAUUUGUACUUUGAAGUACUCUUCUUAUUAAUGAUUGUAGAUAUUACAUAAUUAUUCACAAAUGUCAUUGAAUUUAUAGUGAAAAAUAGAUUGAGGGAAUUUAUCACCGAACAUUAUUCCGGUGUUUGUGGGUGAAAGUUUCAACUGACAGACCUGAAGCAUUUACCUCACAGGUCAGAUGUAGAGAAUAAUUGCUGUCUAGUAAAACCUGCAUUUGUUUUAAAAUAUUUUAAGGCGAUUAAUGGAAGAUUUUCGUGUAAAUAAAAGAAAUUCUAUAUAUGGUACCACUCCCCUUGUUUUCUUUUAUCACUUGCUUUUUAUAUAUUCUUAGGAAACAGCAGACUUCAUGAGCACUGUUAUUUCCCUCAUAAAUGAACACUUGUUGUCGUAAUGCUGCUCUAGAAUAUGAUGUCAAAAUAUAAGAUCAGCGAGAAACAUGACACACUCUUUGGGUACAUGCACUUGGUGACAUUUGACAACUAAAUUUUAAGUUUAGAGAGACUUUCACCACAGUUAUCACCACUUAAUACACCUUGAGACAUUAUCACCCUUAUGGAAGCAUCAGGAACACCCCUUGAGACAUUAUCACCAGUAUUUAGAGUAAACUCACUACAAAAAGCAAUUGAUGGAAAACUACCACAAAUACCACUUUUAAACCUUUUUUUUUCCCAAGUAGGUAAUGCAAACCUAAUUUAACCAAACUUGAUAAUCAUAAGAUAGUUUUGGUUAGGUUAGAUCUAGUUAGUUUAUGUUGCCCGAGAGAUAAUUGACUUAGCAGGUCCUGUCUGUGUUACAUAACCAACAAAUUUCUUUCUCGUAAUUAUGAUGGAAGAGUUGUGUUAACUGAAUUAGCUACAUUAUAGGUUCCUGCUGCAGUUUGUGACAGUUUGGGAGUUUAAUUCUCGUUCAUAUAUUUAUAUAAACAGUAUAUAGUUGUGUUGACACCCCUUUGCAUUGGAAAAGAUCUGGUCUGAAAUGCUUGUUUACGGUAUGAGGUUGUCGUGAAGUCAUCGCUAAAAUUUCUGUCGUUGAGGAAGGAUGAUACGGAGCAAAAAUAUCCUCUUUUAGCCCCUUGUGUAUGGGGUCACCUCUGAGCUCGAUAAAAUCAUCUGGUGUUAGUCGAAUAAAAUGUUAAAAGUGGCAUCCCUAUAGUGAAGGUUAAACCUAUCCUGCUUUGAUGUAGAGGUGGCCAGAGUCAAGAACAAACAUGGACUCUCCUGUUAUUAACUGGCAUUCAUUCUCUUAACUACAGUAAUAGAUGUGUUGUAGUGUAGUGUUCCCCUUCCUCAACAAGUCCCUAAAUGUAACUUCGGCACUUCAAACACCGACCAUCAUCCAUAAACGGUCAUAACUGCUGUAUGUUGUAAGCAAUCUACAUCCCUUCUCUUGAUGAACCGGGGCAUAAUUAUUAUUAUUAUUAUUAUUAUUAUUAUUUAAAGGAUUAUUAAUUGACAUAGUACAUAAGAAUUAACAUAGGUGUUGAUGUCUCGCCACUGUGUGUAUCUUGGCUGUGAAGUCACCAAGAGGAUGGAGUAUGGAUUUUAGUUGUAUCGGAUCACCAAACCCACCCUCCCCACCCACUCACUGCUCUCUCUAUAUCACUGGGGGAUAAAGAGCUUCUAUGUUCAUACUUGUCAUUUAUAUUCACCAUGACAACGCCUCAGUCUACCAUGUUUUGAGUCAAUAAAAGUCGCUGGAUUGAUAAAGGCUCCAGCUAGCUUGAUUCGACACUUCCCUCAAGAACCAUGUAGUUGUUGAGUUGACACCUCCCUCAAGUGCAAUGUAGUUGUUGAGUUGACACCUCCCUCAAAUGUAAUGUAGUUUUUGAGUUGACACCUCCCUCAAGUGCAAUGUAGUUGUUGAGUUGACACUUCCCUCAAGUGUAAUGUAGUUGUUGAGUUGACACCUCCCUCAAAUGUAAUGUAGUUGUUGAGUUGACACCUCCCUCAAAUGUAAUGUAGUUGUUGAGUUGACACCUCCCUCAAGUGCAAUGUAGUUGUUGAGUUGACACUUCCCUCAAGUGUAAUGUAGUUGUUGAGUUGACACCUCCCUCAAGUGUAAUGUAGUUGUUGAUUUGACACCUCCCUUAAGUGUGGCGUAUAGUAGUUGUUGUUGAUGACUUGAUAGAGAUUUAGAACUGACUGCCUCAUACUUACCAUCAGUUGUUGCUUCAGUAAGUCUGUAUAGUACAAGAACUCAUGGUGUUAGCUGACAAUGCAAAGGGGUUUCACUAUAUUUUAUUAUAUAGUAGGAUUCCGUAAAUAAUAAUAAUAACCAGUAGAUGAAAAAAAAUGUAUAUUAACUAUUAGUAAAUAACAAGAUACAAAUUUACUAAUAAUAAUCUCUUCCCUUUUAUCUGUGACUCCUUGUUCAUUUAUCAAAGUACUGUACUGUAAUAGUGAGAGGUGUAGUUUGAUGUGUGUGUGCGUGUGUGUGCGUGCGUUGAUGUACUGUACACUAUACAUACAUAUAUACUUUACAGUACUGUACUCCUAAUGUAAUGGAUCUGAUGUAGUCUUAAGGGAUAUUUUUAACAUUAACAUUACAUGAGGUACGUGAAGUCAGUGAGUUGUACAAAUAAAUGUGGCUUAGUUUAGUAUUUGUAACUUUGAAGCACUUAGUAGUUUGACUUGAACCUAAUUCUGACUUCAUGUUGUGUUGUAUGUGAAUAUUGUGAGUAUAACAACUUGCUUUACUUCAGUAGUUCAAGUAUAUAAAGCUUUAGUUAAUUUGGAACACCAUGUUAUGAGCCAAGGCACUUAUGACCGGCUUACGAAGAUCUUACUUUUCAGUGGAUUGUGUUUUAUUAUUUUGCAAUGCAUUUGAAGUAAGAGUUGGAAUCGAUUUUAUUGUGUUUGUUUCAGAGGUAAGUAAUGUAAUAGUUAAUUCUUCUGUAUUUGUAUUACAAUAGUUCAAAACAAAUUCCAUCUUCAUCAUCAUUAUUGUCAACCUUUUGAAUACGAUGACUUAAACCCUUGAGUAUGAUGUCGUAACCCCCUCGAGUACUGUAUGAUGAUAACCUCUUGAGUACAAUAACAACCUCUUGAGUGCAAUGUCUUAACUCUUUGAAUAUGACAACGAAAACCUCUUGAGUACAACGCUUUAACUAUUUGAUUACAAUGACCAAAUCCCUUGAUAAAUAAAAAUGACAUUGCACCUAGGAGUUGUCAUCAUCCUCGAGGGAUAAAACUUCAAGGGGUAAAACUUGAGACUUCAUACUCGAAGGGUUAAGUCACCAUAGUCAAGGGAUUAAUACCUUGUAAAUUUAUUUGAUCCCUGGAACUCACUUUUAUCUCGACUUACGAUGAUACUUGUAAUAAAUUUUGGUAGAGUUGUAUAUUCCAUAAAUUUAUUGUAGGGGCAAAUCAUGUCUUGUUAUAGUGAGAACUGUAGCAACCAAUCAACCAACCAAUCACCAUGAUGUAUAUUACACCUUCAUAAUAAUUGUUCAGCAUUCAACAUUCUUUGCAACAUUGCUUAUAUUUAUUUUUUUUUUAAUAAAGAAUAUCUUUUUGGA